CAUAGUUUGCUUUGAAGUUAAUAAAAAUCGCAAUUUAAGUGGAUGAUAAGAAAAAUAUUUUAAUUUAUUUUGUGAUAUGUUCUGUGAUAAUUAUUGUACAUGUACAGUACUACUAAGUAUUACACUUUAUUUUACUACAGUACCUGAAGAGAAAGAAAUAUAUAGGUUAAGAUUUAUUUAAUUACGUUUAUUUUUUAUUAGUGUACGUUAAUAUUUAAGAUUUAAAUACUCAAUGCAAUUAAUAAUAACCUUAUAAAGAGCGAAUAUUAAAUUAUUUAUGAAUAGAACAAUUAUUUUACGAACAUGGAUAUCAAAAUUGAUGAAUCAAAUCAAAAUAAAACGCUUUUAGAAGAAACAUUUUAUGUUUUAACAAAAAAAAAUUGUAUCUUUCGAGUUCGUUUAACAAGAAGUGGUCUUUGUCUAAUAAAAGAAAGUGGUAAAAAUAUAAAGGAACAAGUAAUACCAAUUCGUGAUAUAAUAGGUUGCAGAUGUUUACGAAGUAAAAAGCAAACAAAAGGAUGUACUUGCCAAUCUAUGCCAAGAUCUAGUAGCUUAGAAGUGGUAGAAGAAAGUUCUGGUGAACUAGAUGACUCUGAUCUAAGUGCAUAUUUAUAUAUUUAUGCGUACAUAUUUCAAACUUCCAAGGGUGCAAAUAAAAAGCGAGAAAGAACAAUAAUUACCUUGAGAUUUAGAUCAUUUGAUAAAUAUGAAGAUAAUAAUAAGGAAGCACAAAGAUGGAGAACUGUAAUAAAAAAGUUAAUCAAAGGAGAGAAUGUAACUAGCAUUAGUAUAUCUGAUUUUACGAUGAGUAAUAAACAUAAAGAAACUAGAAGACUGCUUGUCCUGUGCAAUCCAAAAAGUGGACCGGGAAAAGGCAAACAAAUUUUUCAACAUAAAGUUGCACCGAUUUUACAGGAAGCAGAAAUUCCUUAUGAUUUACACGUGACCAAGCAUGCUAAUUUUGCUAGAGAAUUUGUAAGGGGUAGCAAUUUAUAUCAGUGGAGUGGUAUAGUAUUGGUUGGUGGUGAUGGAAUCAUUUACGAGGUCAUAAAUGGUAUUUUUGAACGAUGGGAUUGGUCAGAAAUAAUAAGAUCAAUUCCAAUAGGGGUAGUUCCUGGAGGAUCUGGUAAUGGGUUAGCACGAAGUAUAGCCCACCAUUGCUCCGAACCGUGGCUGCCCUCUCCAACAUUACCAUCGGCACUUGCAGCUGUUAGAAACAAUCAGACCACUAUGGACCUCGUCAGAGUUGAAACUACAUCUCAGAUUAUGUUCUCUUUUCUUUCAGUAGGAUGGGGUUUACUUUCAGAUAUUGACAUCGAAAGUGAAAGAUUUAGAAUGUUAGGAGGUCAAAGAUUCACAAUCUGGUCAGUGGCCAGAUUGAUUGGUCUUCGUAGCUAUGGCGGAAAAUUAUGGUAUUUGCCUGCUGAUGUCCCGGAAACCGAACCUAAAGAGACUUUAGGGAGUGCUUGUGGUAGUAAUUUAGAUCUACCAUCAGAAGUUCAUUUAGAAACUCAAACUGGCAGACAAAGAGUUGACUCCUGGUAUAGUGCUAAUUCACGCAGAAGUGCAUAUUUCUCAGCGACUGGAAGCUCGUAUCAGUCUACCACAGACAGUGGAGUUGGCGAGCCGACCAGUUCUGCAGAGAAACCCAUAAUGUAUGGUCCCGCUCCCCAAAUACCGUGUUUACCAGCACCGUUGCCUACCUCUUGGAAGUGCAUCUCAGGAAGAUUUGUCAUGGUACAUGCAUCUUAUCAAAGUCAUUUAGGCGAAGACUGCUUAUUUGCUCCCGAGGCAAGAUUAAAUGAUGGGAAAAUAUGGUUACUUAUUGUUCACGCGGGAGCAAGCAGAUCUCAAUUGUUGCAUUUUCUCUUGGGCCUCAGUACGGGCGCCCACGCUUCGUCACAUUCAGAGGGGCCUAUAGAACUCAUACCUGUCAGUGCUUUUAGGAUCGAGCCCGAUAUAACUGAGACGGGAUACAUGACGGUAGAUGGGGAACACGUCGAGUAUGGUCCUAUUCAAGCUGAAAUUUUCCCUCAGCUAGGGAGGAUUAUGAUUCCUUGAUCAGAACAUUCCAUUUAUACUGAUAAUUUUAAAAUGAAAUCUAAGGUUGUGAUUUUGUCUACUUUUGAGCCUCUUCUUAUUAGGCUUGAUAGUAUUUGUUAGGCUUGAAAUUUUUAUAUAUUAGAUUGUAAAAAAUUGUUUCUGUUGUAUAGAGAAAUGCCAAUAUAUGAUAUUUUCACCUGUUCACUUUCUAGACAAUUUUUAAAACAAUUUUAACAAUCGAAAUAUAUUUCUUCGAUGAUUUUAGCUUGGCAGUUGCCACGUUGUCAGUCAAGAAGUUUAAACCGGCGACGUGGCAACCAGCUAGGAAAUUGUUGCGAUUGCGAUUGUUGCGAAAAAUAACAAAUUUAUUUAACAUAUCAUGGCCAAUAUAAGAAGUGAUUCAAAUUUUAUUUGUAACAUUGCCUGAAGAUUAAGAUAUUAAUGAGAUUAGCUCGACUAAAAUUUAUGCCAAACUAGUUAAAUUAACAAACGUUGAAAUCCAACAUUAACACUUAAAAUUUAGAGUAUUGUUAAAAAAAGAUGUUUUUACAUCAAAAGUUGAUUCAUUUUCAAGUAUUUUUAAUAAGCAAAAUUUUUAUUUUUCAUGUAUCGCUACUGCAAUAAAAUACAGCAACAGUAUAUGCACGGUUAGAGUACUAAGAUUUUAUAGUAAACAUAAUUCUUGACAAAAAAAUUUGCUUGUUUUUGAAAUAAGGUUGCCAUGAAGAGAAUGUUCACAAAAUGAAAAGAAUCUGAAUCAUUAUACGAGUCAUAUCCACAGAGUACUCAAUUUUCAUCAAACACUAUUUUUUGACGUAGUCGCCUUCAAUCUCGAUGCACUUUGUGAAACUCAUCGUCGGUAGAAAACAUUUCUUUAUCCUUAAACACCUUCAAAGAAGAGAAAAGAUGAAAAUUAGAAGGUGCUAGGCCAGGCUGUGAGCGGGGUGGUUAAUGAUAUUCCAACCAAGAGUUGCUUUAUGGCUGUGUGGAGAUUCCCUUCGUUAACAUUCUCUUUCUUUUGUUUUGUAUCGCCUUCCGUGAUGUUUUCAGGGUUUCACAGUACCAUGCAGCAUUAAUUGUUCUCCCCUGGGGCAAAAAGUCAAUGUGGAGAAUCCCUUUAUGGUUCCAAAAGACAGUUGCCGUGAUUUUUCGGGCCGAAACAACGGUUUUGAAUUUUUUCGCUGAUGGUGAAGAUGGAUGUCGCCACUAUAUUGAUGCGCUUAAAAAAUUCCCGUGAAGAAGCAAUUCUGUCGGCUUUGUGUUGAUCCAUGAGCUGUUUUGAUACCCACCUGGCACAUAAUUUUCGAUAACCAAGUGUUUCGGUAAUGACUUCAUACAGAAGAGAUCUGGAGAUUUGUGGAAGCAUUUCCUCGAUCUUGUUCAUCGUCUUAUCUGUCACAAUUGUGGGAAGCCCAUUGCUUUGUUCAAUAUGAACAUUCAUUCUGCCAGCUUUAUACUAACGACACCACUUGAACACAUUAGUAUGAUUCAUCACACCACCCUUAUAAACAGUUCUGAUUUUGUUAAAAAUAUGGUAUGGCGCCUUUCCCUUUGCAAAAAGCCGGAUUAUGCUCCUCACUUCACAGGUGACGGGAUUUGGAAUCGCGGCACUCGCUUCAACACACCACUACAACAACAGUUCUCAACUGACUAAGACAAAUGAGUGUGCGUUAUGCUCGUAACACCUUGGCCUUGAAUAAAGUGUUGUCAACUUUAUUGAAAACAAAAACCACAAAGCAUCCGAGUCUCAGUACUCUUUGUGGAUAUGCCUCGUAAUUAUCGACAUUGAGAAAAUGGUAUUAAAGAAAGUUGUUCGGAGUUAAAAGUUCCAGAAUUUCUAUUUGUGGAUAAAUUGAAAUAGAAGAGACAGAAUCUGUUUAGUGAAAAAAAAACAGUGUAUUUCAGUUUGGCUGCAUUUUUAUGGUAUGCAAACAACUCCUGCUUUAUUUGUAUAAAGGAUAUGUCCAUUGUCUUUUCGUGUGAGGGUGUAGUGGGUCACCCACGUUUGUUCAUCUUCCACUUAAAGCGUGCAAAAAAUUCCCGUGAAGAUGCAAUUCUAUCGGCUUUGUGUUGAUCCGUGAGCUGUUUUGGUACCCACCUGGCACACAAUUUUCGAUAACCAAGUGUUUCGGUAAUGACUUCAUGCAGAAGAGAUCUGGAGAUUUGUGGAACCAUUUCUUCGAUCUUGUUCACCGUCUCAUCCGUCACAAUUGUGGGAAGCCCAUUGCUUUGUUCAGUAUGAACAUUCAUUCUACCAGCUUUAUACACACGACACCACUUGUACACAUUAGUUUGAUUCAUCACACCACCCCUAUAAACAGUUCUGAUUUCAUUAAAAAUCUGGUUAUGGCACCUUUCCCUUUGCAAAAAGAAACCGGAUUGUGCUCCUCACUUCACAGAUAACGGGAUUUGGAAUAGCGGCACUCGCUUCAACACACCACUACAACAACAGUUCUCAACUGACUAAGACAAAUGAGCGUGCUUUAUGCUCUUAACACCUUGGCCUUGAAUGAAGUGUUGCCAACUUUGUCGAAAACAAAAACCACAGAGCAUCCGAGUCUCAGUACUCUUUGUGGAUAUGCCUAAUUAUCAACAUUGAUGAAAUAGUAUUAAAGAAAGUCAUUCGGAGUUAAAAGUUUCAGAAUUUCCAUUUGUAGAUAAAUUGAAAUAGAAAAGACAGAAUCUGUUUAGUGAAAAUAAAAAAAAAACGCAGUGUAUUUCAGUUUGGCUGUUUUUUAUGGUAUCCA